AGUACGUAAUAGGCAUAAUAACGUGUAAGGUGUAACGCAACGCACGACAAUAUCAACGGAGUAUUAAAACGGAGUCUCUUCGAACGGUGAAAUAAACAGUAAAAUAAUUUAUUAUAUGCACCGCGAGAAAAAAUCAUUCGACUGCACACUGUCAUAAUAUUUGAACUUCAAUUAAAAGAAACACGAUGGAACGGUGGAGAGGCAAGGUGGCGAUAGUUACUGGCGCUAGUGCUGGCAUCGGGUCGGCGAUCGCGAUCAAGUUGGCGAAGAGCGGCGUGCACGUCGUGGCGCUUGCCAGGAGGGAAAACUUACUCAAGGAAUUAGCCGAAACGGUAAAUGAUAAAGACUACGGAUCUAUUUAUAUAAAAGUAUGUGAUGUCACUAACGAGCAAGCAGUAAAAGACGUUUUUUCGUGGGUAGAUUCGACCCUAGGAGGUCCGAGUAUUUUAAUUAACAAUGCGGGAGUAGCAAAAGUAACGAGCCUUUUAAAUGGAAAACUGGAGGAUUGGCAAGACAUAAUCAAUCUCAAUGUUCUUGCAUUGAGUGUAUGUUCGAGAGAAGCUUACAAAUCGAUGACGAAAAAUAAAAUUGAUGGCCACAUCAUCCAAAUAAAUAGUAUCACUGGUCAUUGUUUAACUCCGUAUUUUGGAUUCAAAAUGUAUAACGCUUCAAAGCAUGCAGUCACUGUACUUUGCGAUGGACUUCGACACGAAUUACAAUUAAUGGGAUCCAAAAUCAAAGUUUCGAGUAUUAGUCCGGGAUCAGUAGCUACAGAAAUGUUAGCAGAUGUCGGCAAAAUCAUCAGAGACACAUCUACGGUUGAUUUCAAAAUGCUCAAUGUAGAAGACAUCGCGAAUGCCGUAAUCACAUCUUUGGCCACGCCACCAAAUGUUCUUAUUGCUGAAAUGACUGUCAUCUCUACUGGAUCACUAAUACACACUCAUUUUCAACCAAGCCCUCAAGUUGUAGAAAAUAUAUUUAACUUAUAAUUCAUUAUGUAAAUAUUUGUGUAAUUGAUUUGUGUUAAUAAUAAGAAUACAACUCGUGAUCUAA